GUCUUUUUCCCCCCAGGAAUCCAAAUCCUUCGCCGUGGGGAUGUUUUUGGGGCGCCUGAACGCCGAGCAGGUGUUCCCCUACCCCUCAGUCCUGACCGAGGAACAAGAACAAACCCUGCAGGAGCUCGUGGGUCCCCUCAGCCGCUUCUUUGAGGAAGUGAACAACCCGGCCAAGAACGACGCCCUGGAGAAGGUGGAGGACGAGACCAUGAAAGGGUUAAAGGAGCUGGGGACCUUCGGGCUCCAGGUGCCCCCCGAAUUUGGGGGGCUGGGGCUCAACAACACCCAGGUGAGGCACCCCCAAUUUGGGGAGCCCCCAAAUCCCCUCCCAGUAACUCCCAGUAACUCCCAGUGCCCUCCCAGUGCUCCCAGUUCUGUCCAAAGUGCCCCAAAUUCUCCCUAAUCCGCCCCAAAUGUCCUCAA